UCAGCCCCUCAACUACUUAUGGUUUCUCCCAUACGCUCAUUGCCUACUAUCUGACCACAGAUAGAGUGAGAUAGAGUGUUUAGACCAUUUUUGUCUCUUUUCUUUUUGGAAAAUGACUAAGGGAAAAAGUUUUUCUUUUCCUCUGGAGAUUACCACCGGAAUAGUGCGUUUGCAUGUGUCAGUCUUUGUCCAGCACUAUGCUUGCAUCCGAUGUGACUCUUGAGUGUGCCAGUGGCAAAGGAUGGUCAUGAGAGGGGGUCACCAGCAACGGGGAUGCGGGUGUCAACACCUGUUUAGCAAACUGCUCCGUAAAUGUGGGUGCUGCUUUGUCCAAGUCAGAGCAGAGUCGUACUCUGUGGCGACCGUCGAUGGUACAAUUAACCCGGCGCUGAGCCCGGUGUCCCACCAGGCCUCAGGGAGCUCCAGCCCCGGCUCUGGAGUAUCACGGCACCCCGUCAGCGCCUUGAAGCAGUGGCUCACCACUCCGGUCCGCAAGCUAAGCUCCGACGCCAGAGGGGGAGUGGGGCGGGUCGAGAAGCAAAUGUGCAGGUCAGACGGGAUACAGCAGCCAUCGCUCCAUUCCCACAGCAGAGCUCAGCCAAGGCCUUUGGACCUGCAUGAUAGCGACUACACAAUCCUCCCCUCUGCAGAUUUGGUGUGGAAAGAUGGCCUGUUGAGUUGCGAAGCUUCGUCUCCUUUGCAGCCUUCCCAACAGGGAGACUUAUCGGACCUCCUGCAAGAAGGAGAUGCACAAAGUCUUAGCCACACAUCCAGUGUCAACACUCUCCAAGGUGAGGACAACAGCUGCAAUGUGACCGAGGAUGCUGGUAGCCAGUGGUCUAUUGCAGUGGACAGCGAGGAAGAGAGGAGCAUUGCCUUUGAGAAGAGCUUAUAUGUGCUGACAGAGCUGAUAGAGACUGAGAGGUUGUAUGUGGAAGAUCUUGGGCUCAUUGUGCAGGGCUACAUGGCGACCAUGACCAAUCAGGGUGUUCCAGAAGACCUUAAAGGGAAAGACAGGAUUGUGUUUGGAAACGUCCAUCAGAUAUAUGACUGGCAUAAGAGUUAUUUCCUGGGCGAGCUGGAAAAAUGUAUAGCUGAUCCGGACACGUUGGCCCAGCUCUUCAUCAAGCAUGAACGUCGUCUUCACAUGUAUGUGGUUUAUUGUCAGAACAAGCCCAAAUCAGAGCACGUUGUCUCUGAGUACAUUGAGACCUUCUUUGAGGAUCUCAGGCAGCAGUUGGGUCACAGGCUGCAGCUCAAUGACCUGCUGAUCAAACCUGUCCAACGGAUCAUGAAGUAUCAGCUUCUGCUGAAGGACUUCCUAAAGUAUUACAGCAAAGCAGGACGGGAUGUAGCGCAACUCCAGAGGGCAGUGGAGGUGACAUGUUUUGUGCCUAAACGAUGCAACGACAUGAUGAACGUGGGCAGGCUGCAAGGCUUUGAGGGGAAAAUCACGGCUCAGGGGAAGCUCCUCCAGCAGGACACCUUCUCUGUGAGCGAGCAGGAAGGUUGCUUCCUGUCCAGACCUAAGGAGAGGAGGGUCUUCCUGUUUGAGCAGCUGGUCAUCUUCAGCGAGCCAAUCGAUAAGAAAAAGGGGUUUUCUUUACCAGGCUAUAAUUUUAAAAACAGCAUAAAGGUCAGCUGCUUAGGCGUGGAGCAGAAUUCCAGGGAGGGCCCGAGCUCUCUCGUCCUGACGUCUCGUGGGACAAACGGCAAUGUGACUCGAUUUAUGAUGCAUGCGUCUACUCCGGAAAUACAACAAGCUUGGCUCAGUGACGUGGUGCAGAUUUUAGAGACUCAAAGGAACUUCCUCAAUGCCCUUCAGUCUCCUAUUGAGUACCAACGAAGGGAGAGCAAAUCAAACAGCCUGGGCAGGAACAUGAAGUCUCCAAGUGGCCUGCAGCCUUACUCGUCAGCAUCUAUGGACCGCUACCAGCAGCUCGGCCUGCUGUCUUACAACACCUCCCUUCCAUCGCUGCAUCCGCCCCACCACAGCCCAGCUGCAAAAGCAGUUUCUAAUCCGUGUGCCAUGACGCAUCAAGUGGCCCACCUUCAGAUCUCGUCACAGCCGCAGCUCACUCUGAGUCCAAAAGCGACAGGAAGCCACGGGACGACCAUUUCUCUGCCACCCUGCAGCCAGCACAGCAUGCAGGUUGUGUCUGCCGCUUUCCAGGCGACCACUCUUCAUGACAGUGAAACUUGAGCGCAUCAGCCAAAAACACUAGAGUGCUGGCAUCUUAUGAGUACUUCUGGAUGGAGAGCAUGUUGAGAGCGCAAUGGAAAGCUCACAGAGUCUUUGUUAUCACGCCAUGUAGUACUACUACCUUUUGAAUGGCAUUCAAAGACAAAUCGGUUUCCUAUAUACAUGGCUGCAUACAUGGGGUGUUUAGAUGAGAACUGGUAUUUGAACCAUGGCAGAUUUCCAUGGAAAUUUCCUCUUUUGUUAUUUUUGGAAUGCAUAAUUUCUUACAAGGGACCAAUUCUACUUUAUUCCUCCAAUGAAUUGACACCUCAAGUCCCCUUCCUCAAAUGAAUAAACUGUUUAUUUGUACCUUGCAAUUUAGCAUAAUAGCUGUGUUUACACUUUGCUGGGCUGUUUCAGUGCAGCUAUUGUUAGGUUGCUAUCUGAACCAAACACAUUUGUGCUUGUGUCACCGAGCAGAACGACGAGAGAGGGAAUGGAGAAAGGCGCGCUCAUCACCCACGACUCUGCUGUAUCGUGGCUAGCUCAGAGUUAUAAAUGCAAUUCUGUGUUGCUUUCUUUAUGCUGUAAGUAAAAAAAUUCAUCAUUAAAAGGAAAAAUUUCUCCAAAUAAUCCAGCAUUUACUCCCUGCAAAGUGGAAAACAGCUACUCAAAUAUCUGUCCUGGCUGCAAUAAGUCGACAUUAAUAAUUAAAAAAAACGGAUGCACACUACAAUCGGUUGUAUUUGGUGUUUAUGUGAAGAGACUCACCUCUCCAGUAUAUGCAUUCACUUUCAGCAGCCCCUCUCUCAACAGUAUGUCUGGCCAUUAAAUGGUGAGUAGUUUUAUUUAGUUUAACUACAAUAAUUAACCUACUAAAAAGGGUGACCACCUCCCCAAUUAAAUGUUAUUUCUGCCAUUUGUCAUCAAAGGGUGAGUCAUUUUAGGCUAUCAGUGUGUAACUUUUAUUUAUAAUUCUGUAGUUCCUAGCCCUCCAUAUUGAAGGUGUCACUGUAAUUUAAUGACAAGAUCUUUACUCCAAGUAUAUAUUGCCCUCUAGUGGGGAGAAAUAUGUAUUACAAAAUGUUAAAAUGUUAAAAUAAAAUAAAAAUUUCUUUAAAUUACACUUCGGAUAGACAUUUAGCAAAAAUGUUGACCAAACGUUUUACUCUUCUCAAAUGUUUUAAUACUGAUUUUAUUUCUGAACGCAUUGUUAUACAUCAGCAAUUGGAAACAAAAAUAUUCAUAAUGACCUCGUUUGUGUGGUACAAAGGAUUAUUAAUUAAUAGUAAAAAAAAGUAGCAAUGUUGCAAGAUUGAAGUCGUCGGGUUUUGAGAAUUACAAAAACACAGUCACAUGUAACAAUUGAAAAUAUUUCCAA